UCAUUUCUAUUCCAAGUUAAUUCAGUUCAUCUUUUCUUUUAAUUGUUAGCAAUUUAAUAGAUUUCUUUUAUUUACGUUCUAGUGUCACUAAUUAUUCCAUCACUUAACUUUCAAUUUCAUUGCUCUUUAAUCAUAAAAUCGGAUUGUUACCUAAGAUUCUUUCUUUUCUUUUCCUUACUCUCUCACUUAAAUCUCUUUGUUGUCUACAUGUAUCUUUUUUCCACCUAGUAACACCUCAGCAUUUUUCCUCAUCAUGAAUACCCGGUUAACUCUUUUUCUUAUCCUUUGUUUGCAUCUAUUCACAUCUCUUGUUUAUGCUGCUGAUAGAUCCAAGUUCAAGACUUGUGAGGAAAGUGGAUUUUGUAGACGAAAUCGUAAUAUCAAAGGAAAACCUAAUAAAUGGAUUUUAGAUCAUACAACUGUGAAACCAAGUGAUAACAAAUUAGGAUUCGAAGCAAUUCUCAAAAAUGAGCUUAACGGAGUUCUUCUUCGUCUCACCAUCAAUGCUGCUUUGCAAGAUAGUUCGGUUCUCCAUGUGAGAGUCAAUGAAGCUCAUCCUGGGCGAGAACGAUUUGACCCAAGAGAAGCCUUGGUUGAAAACAUAGAAUACAGUAAAAUCAACAUAGGAACUGUAUCGGAUAAAGAGGUUACCCUCACCUUUGGUCCACCUGAUGCUGGUCAUAAAACUAUAAUUACUUUCAAUCCAUUCAGAUUUGAUAUAUUCAAAGGUGAACGUUUAGUAGUCAGUGCCAAUGCUCGAGAAUUUCUUAAAUUUGAGCAUUUCAGGCAAAAAAGAGUAGAUAUUCCAGAGGAAGAAAAACCAGAGGAGGAAAAAGAUGGCGGUUGGGAAGAGAAUUUCAAAUCUUUUGUGGACACCAAACCUUAUGGGCCAAUGUCCGUUGGAAUGGACUUUUCAUUUGUCGGCUUUGAUCAUCUUUAUGGGCUACCAGAACACGCUGAUACAUUCUCAUUGAAAAAUACUCGAGGCACAACUGAUCCUUUCCGUUUUUACAAUGUUGACAUUUUCGAGUACGAACUUAAUAAUGGAAUGGCCCUUUAUGGAGCUAUACCCUUUAUGAUGGCUCAUGCAGCUGAUCAUACAGUUGGUUUACUUUGGUUAAAUCCUUCGGAAACUUGGGUUGACAUUGAAUCUUCUAAUCAAGGUGUUAGAGGUUUAUUUUCACAUUUAGUAGCCGGUGAGGUUAAAAGUCGGUUGACUCAUUGGUUCUCAGAAACUGGUCUCAUCGAUGUCUGGAUAAUGUUAGGUCCUAGUCCACUUGACGUAAUCAGACAAAACGCAAAGAUCACUGGUACUCUUGAAUUACCACCAUACUAUGCGAUCGGUUAUCAUCAAUGUCGAUGGAACUAUUUUAGUCAAGAAGAAUUAAAUGAAGUUGAAAGGCAAUGCGAUGCCAAUGACCUUCCUCUUGAUGUUCUUUGGUUAGAUAUUGAAUAUACUGAAGGACGAUCCAAAAAAUAUUUCACCUGGGAUCCAGUCAUGUUUUCUGACCCUAAAAGCCUUGUCAGUAAUUUAACAAGCAAGGGAAGACAAUUAGUUACCAUUAUUGAUCCACAUAUAAAAAAAGAUACUAAUUAUCCAAUCUACAAUGAGGCUACACAAAAUAAUUAUUUCACCAAAACAAAAGAAGGUAAUGAUUAUGAAGGAUAUUGUUGGCCUGGUCCUGCUUUGUAUCCCGAUUUCCUUAAUCCAACUGUCAGAGAAUGGUGGUCAAGUAAAUUUAAUCCAGAAUUUUUCCCUGGAUUUACUGACGGAAAUGUUGGUAUAUGGAAUGAUAUGAAUGAACCGAGUGUAUUCAACGGACCAGAAAUGACAGCACCACGAGAUGUUGUUCAUAUCAAUGGAAUUGAACAUCGUGAUAUUCACAAUAUGUAUGGUUUCUUAGUUACUAAAGCCACGCACAAAGGUUUAAUAACUUAUUCGCCUAAUCAUCGUCCAUUUAUCUUGACCCGGUCAUUUUUUGUUGGAUCACAACGAUAUGCUAUGGUUUGGACUGGUGAUAAUAUGGCUAAAUGGGAUCAUCUUAAGAUGAGUGUUCCAAUGAUCCUUUCUCUUGGAAUCUCUGGAAUGGCCUUUUCUGGUGCCGAUGCUCCAGGCUUUUUCUAUGAUCCUGAAUCGACUGAAUUAGUUGUUCGUUGGUAUCAAACCGCCGCUUUUCAACCUUUCUAUCGGGCUCAUGCUCACCUUGAUACUAAACACCGAGAGCCUUAUCUUUAUGAUGAAGAAACAAAAAAUCAUAUCAGAGCAGCAACAAGAGCUCGUUAUGCUUACCUACCUUAUAUUUAUACCCUUUUCUAUGAAGCAUCAAUCAAUGGUACACCAAUCAUGCGUCCACUUUGGCUUCAUUUUCCUAAAGAUACAAAAACUUUCGAUCUGGAAGAAGAGUAUCUCUUGGGAGACGCACUUCUCAUCAGACCGGUAUUGGACAAAGAAGUCACUUCUGUAAAUGUUUACUUCCCAGGAGAAGGUGAAUCAUGGCUCGGUAUUGAAGAUGAUACAGUUUACCAAGGUGGAUCAAGUGUUGAUAUUCCAGUAACAUUAGGAUCAAUACCGAGAUUCCAACGAGCUGGAACAAUAAUUCCCAAGCGUGAGAGGAUGAGAAGAAGUUGCUCACUAACUUUAAAUGAUCCAUUGACUUUGCAAAUAUUCUUGGACGCUGAAGAGAGACACGCUGAGGGUAGAUUAUACCUCGAUGAUGGAUCAAGUUACAGUUAUAAAUCUGGGGGAUACAUUCUUGCAGAAAUUGUCUACGAUAAAAUGGUUCUAUCUUACAAAAUAAUCCAUGGAAGUUUCCCAACAAACAGUUGGUUGGAACGAGUUAUAAUCCAUAGGAUCUCAAAUAAGCCCAACAAAAUAGAAGCGACCAGUGGGGCCAAUCUAAGCUUCAAAUUUAAUCCUUCAAGCCAAACACUUAUUAUCAGAAAACCGGGUUUAUCAAUGGGAGACUCAUGGCAAAUUAGAUUGAGUUAAAAUUGAAACAAUCAUGGAUGGAAAAUAUUUAAGCUAUUACGAUGUUUUGAUGAAGAAAAUCUGAUGAUGGGUUAAUUACUGAUUCUCUGAUAAUCCCAUUUAUCAUUCCAUCUGUACAUUUUUGAUUACUGUGAAGAGAAUCAAUUAUCCAAUUAUUUUAAA